AUGCGACAUUAUUUGGUUGGGCAAAUCAUACAUGUCAUUUCUCAGGUCAAUCCUAUUCAGGUAUUCAUGACACAGCCUAGUGCAUUGAACUGGCGACUCGCCAGGUGGGCUUUGUUGCUUUCCCAAUAUGACAUCCACUUCAAACCUCAAAAAGCAGUGAAAGGUCAGGCUAUCUAUGACCUUAUGGCUAAUCAUCCGCUAAGAGAAAAGGCUGAAUUAUACCAGGACAUACCUGAUGAGACGUAUGAAGCAAACGUCGUCUCUAGAGAACAAGUAUGGCAACCUGAUGAGACGUAUGAAGCAAACGUCGUCUCUAGAGAACAAGUAUGGCAAUUGUACUUCGAUGGUGCAGUAAGGACAAGUUCUACUGGUCGGGUUAUAGCUGGAGUGGGGGUUGUCUUUAUCUCUCCCCAAAACCACAUACUCCUAUGCGUCAUUUCUCUAACAGAGCCGUAUUCUAACAAUGUGACAGAAUACAAUGCUUUGUUGGUUGGCUUGGAUAUAGCCAAACAGUUGGGGGUGAAACGUUUAGAAGCAUACGGUGAUUCUCAACUCAUUGUUAAUCAAAUGAAGGGAGAAUAUGAGGUUAGGAAUGAAGAUCUCAUUCCUUACCAUGCCGCAGCAAUCGCAUUGGCCUAUUCCUUUGAGGGCUUCUAUAUUGACCAUAUACCCCGUCGUAAGAAUACAUAUGCUGAUGCAUUGGCGUCACUUGCGGCUACUUUAGCUCUACCUAAAGGGACUACCCAGCAGGUCACAGUAACAAGCAGAUAA